AUGCUCCUCUCGCUGUUGCUGCUGCCGCUUUUGCACAUUCUGCUGCUGCGUCUGCGGCUUCCGCUACUGCAGUUUCAGCUGCUGCAUCCUCAGCUGUCGCCGUUGCUCAUUCUGCUGCUGCGUCUGCUGCUUCUGGACCGGCAGCAGGUGUUAGCGCUGCCAAUACCCGUGCAUGUGCAGCAAGAGGAGGAGGAACAGCAGCAACAGCAGCAGCGGCAGCAGAAGAGGAGAAAGGGAGCAGAGGGAACGCCUACGGAAUCGGACGCUGGGGCCGAAGCCGGAGGGGACACGGCUGAGACGCGCGGCGAGUCCGAUGAGGCUGUGGCUGCUGUGGCUCCGUCAGUGCCUCUCUCCAGCUGCAUUUCAGCUGCUGCAGCUGCUGCUGCAGUCAACGAUUACCUUUCUCCCGCAACUGGCGCUACAGCUGCAUUUCAGCUGCUGCAGCUGCUGCUGCAGUCAACGAUUACCUUUCUCCCGCAACUGGCGCUAAAGGGGACGCUGAAAAGACACUCCGACUUACCAAUUACCCAGAAUACCUUCUCGUCUUCCUCAAGCGUUUCUACAUUAGUGACAGAUGGAUUCCAAAGAAACUCAAGUGCUCUGUCGAGGGUUUGCGGCGAGGGUUUGAAGUUUGCGGUGUCUGGACAGAUCCCUGAGGAGGUAUCCUUUGAGGAGCUCCGGGCUUUCGGCCUUCAGCCGGAGGAGCGUGAGCUUCCGGACGAGCCGCCUCAGCGGCAGCUACAGCAACAACAACGCAACGGCUCCGAGGCAGCAUCUGCAACAGCAGCAGCAGCUGCAGCGACAGAGAACGACGAAGUUGUUGCUACAUUAGAGUCAAUGGGGUUCUCCAAUAACGCUGCUAAACGGGCUGUUCGCGCUACUGGAGGUGCUGCAGCUGAGAGCUGCGUGGAGUGGCUGAUGGGUCACUUGGACGACCCGGGCCUCAAUGAUCCUAUCUCUGAGGCUGCUGCUCCUGCAGCAGGGACAGAAGAAGCAGCAGGAGGCUCAGGAGCAGCAUUUGCAGAGGAUGAACCGGAUGGAGAAUCGGUGGAGACUCUGCUGCUAUUGGGUUUCGAUGCGCGGACUGUACGCGCAGCGCUCUUUGCAACCAGAAAACAGACGAAUUCGGGGGGGGUCGCCAAUGCCAGGGGCUCCUUUGACACGGGGCGUGCUGCCGAUUGGAUACUGGCUCAAGGCUCGGGGCUUGCUGCUGCAGUGGAGGAAACGCUUGCAGCGGUCGAUGCAGCGAAAGCUGCUGCAGCCGCAGCCGCAAAAGAGAGGGAGGCAGACGCUCAGGAGAAGGAUGUCCAGGAAGCUGCAGCGGCAGGACUUCCGCCUUUGGAGCGGUGUCGCUUGGGUUUAGGAGAUGGCUGUGGACAGUAUCGUUUGUUCGCGUUCGUUACACAUUUGGGGUCGAGCGUCUCUGGGGGCCACUACAUCUGCCACGUGCGCACCAAGGAUGGGAGCGGCUGGCUGCAAUACAACGACGAGAAGGUGACGAAGCUGCAGAGCUGCGAUAGCCGCCAGGCAUAUCUUCUUUUGUUUAAGCGGGUAAAAACUGAGAACAAAGAACCUGCCGCAGACAUGCAAAAAGAUGCAUAG